AUGAACCGCCGGCAUCGAUGCGAUAAGCUAAGCGAAAGACUGCGGACCGAAGUGGAAGUCUCAGCAGCACUUUGGCAGAAGAAAUCUCAAGUUAACGAGAAGAUAACAAGUCAAAACGCUCGAACUCGCUUGGAAAGCAGGAAUACUACUAGUUUAACAUCUUUAUGUCCACCACACCUCAAGUCCAAUUUAUUUUUUUUUAAAUAUUUUCAACCAAUACGUGCCCAAAAGUCCAAUGUAAGAAAGCUGCGGGUGAAUUUACCACUAACUGUCAUUUGCGAACGCUCGAAUGGUAAGGAGAGGGUACUUUGGUUACGUACAGAUGCUUCUGGAAAUGUCAGUAAAGAAGAGACGACGUCACUGUGGCGCAAGAAACUAUCCAACGAACUCUUGAGUGGAACUAUACCCACUGAAAGUGACCCUUUAUUAGCUAUUCGAUGCAUCUCACGAAGGAAAAAUAGUCUUGAAUCUGGUGGAAGUGCAGUGUUAAUGACAAAAUCGAUACUAGAGCCUAUAAUUUCUGCUCCUUGCGACGUUCCAACUUAUUUUCAACAGUUUGUGCACUGUCGGGGAUCCCAGCCAAGCGUCUACCGCAUCUUUUGGUGUCACGAAACACAAAAAUGUUUUGGAAUAAACUUAACAACUAGCUUGACUCCCUCAGAAACGUUCGAAAGGAUGGAUUUUGAUCGUACUGUGACUCACUUGUCAGUGUCUACAAAGAAUGAAACUUUACAAGCCGCAAUGAAUAAAGCAGCACAAUUAGCUCAAGUUUAUUGUGUGAAAAUCUCUCCAAAUGAAAAAACUUGUGCGCGAUGGCCGAAAUUGCGAGGACACUUGAUAGCUGAAGGCGUUGAGGCUACUGUACGUAUUGUAGAACAUGUACAAAUACGACUACCAUAUGUACGUUUUCACGCGAUGACUGUUGACUUUAUUAAAGAUAUGAGUGGUAAAUGGUGGCUUACUCGAGUAGUAGACUUCAAAGUCUCAAGUUUGGAUGAAAUAUCCAUAGAGGACGAUAGACAAGACUCGGCAGUGUGUCUUUCAAAACUCGUACAUACGAAGCAUGGAACCAUCAUGAAAGACCAACCAAUGGAACUUGCCAAAUCCUUUUCGCAAAACUUCACUUUAUCACAUGAUGCUAUGAAUUCGCGCUUGUGUUUUCUCUGUGGGUGUUCGUGUGAUCUUCCAGUAACAUUGAGAACUCAGCUUGAAGCUCUGAUACAAAAUGAGAGCUCUGACGAAAGUAAUGCAAAUCGCACUAUUGCGAAAAAAACUCUUUUUCGUAAUGAGGUGCGUAUGACACUUACAAUGGCGCUUGAGACAAUCUUUUUGAUGAGACAACGUGGUGUGAGUCUUUUAUCCUGGGAACAUGCGGUUAAUUCGGUGCGCAAAGUCCAAUGUGACUUUCCAACGUGUAUGCUCUGCUACCAAAUCUAUCAACAGCAGUGUUGCCUUGAAAAUCUUGCAAGGGAGCUUCAUUUAGUUCUUUCACCAUCAGUUGUGAAUAUGAACGGUCAGAAAGAAGACGAUGUGAAAGUGUUAGCUUCUUAUGAAUUUGACGACAACUUUUCAGCAUCUCCAGUCCCCAAGUCGUCUCACCUCUUGAUGAAGGAGCAACACAACGCUCGCGAGACGUUACAAAAUGAAUCAAAUUCACCUCCACUCGUGUUGCAUGGAGAACCUACCGACUUCAGAUCACGAUCGGGUUUGCUCGUGCCCUUGCGAGGAGCAGAUAUCGAUCCUACGGCCUCACAGCUUCGAUUGCUUUUCUUCUUUCAUGAGUUGCAAGACGCAGGUCCUGACUUAGAUCCCUCGAAUUUCUACUUGGAGUAUCAACUUGGACAGACUAUCACGCAAGUGCAGCUUGAAGGCAGUAAACGUCAUACGCCGAAUCGAUGGCAACUUUGUGAAGCACGAAUGCAUUAUGCGUGUGCCACAUUGGAUGCGUUUAGCGAAUUUUGUGCCCAAAAGCAAGUGCUUAUUCAAUUUAAGUCACGAAUUUGUGACGAUGGUGAUGAGAGCACUAAAAUGAUUUGUAUGGCGAAGGGAAACAUUUGUGGGUACACGUUGUUGACGCUACAGGCAGUAUAUACGAUCGGUAAUUUGAUGGAAAAAUCGCCGCAUGAAAGCCGCACAGAUUACUUAUUGGAGUUGCAAAUGGCUUCGUACGGACGUUUGAUGCUUAAACUAACAGUCGGACUUGUUGUCGAUCCUGUGCCACUAAGUCAGUUGCGUGAUGUGGUACGUGACCUUCUUUUCGUUGAGGAGAGACCACCAGGUGGAAUCUAUUGGCCUUCAGCAUCCUAUUUUCAUACUGGUUUAGCCGUACCUCGAGAUUGGAUCAGUACACUUAUGCCGUCUGAGUACACGAAACAAUCACCCAUGCUCCGAAAGUGGGGUCGUCGGACUCGCAAAAUUCCUGAGUGUUCUACUCCAGCUGCCAUCAUUGUACCCUUCCAUCCUAAACAAAGUUUUUUACGCCGAAGCUCAAUUACUGCGAGUGGAGUGGAAUUACACACAGAGAACAUGACAGAACUCACAGUUGGCGAAAAGUGGCUCAAAAAAGCAGCAUCUUGUGGCGAUAUUUGUGAAGACUUUAACGCUGAUCACAAACUUUUUGACUCACUGUCUAUGGCAAUGCCCAAGUCGACGCUGUCACAGAUAUGUUUGACAGCCAAACGAAUGAUUUCCCGCUUUGUUGAGGACACUGUGAUCGUGACGUUUCCAACAAGAGUUUUGGGAGUCAUUCUUCGCAACGCAAAUUUCACUCUUACUCGGAAAUCGCACGCUACUUUUCAACUUGCACGGAGAUUGUCUCUUGACUGCUUGUUUGCUGAAGUGAAGCCUUCCUUUUUUCCUACCUUAGCUUUGCUAGGUGAGCUCAUGCUUACUUUACUCGAAGAACAAGAGUUGCCGACUUUACUUGACGCAGGUGCACUGGAGCGUCUGCUCGAUCCAUUUUGGUAUUUUGAAAGUGGGUUUUCCCUUAUUCCUCCCACUCAAACCAAUUGUUUGCCUCAACAUCGAGUUUUUUGGAACCGUGCCAUUCGACGCUGGGAAGCUACUAGCAGCGGUAAUCGCAUAAGAGACCAAACAGUGGGGUGUACUGACAUGAUUUAUGAAUAUGAAUUAAAUUUACUCUCUGAAAUUGGUGAGUUUCGAGUACAAACGUUAGCACUUGUGUUGUGCGAGUUAUUCGAGCAGAUGGAGUCGUUGGAUAGUGGGUAUAUUGCGAUAGCAGAAUUGCGCUCACUGGACAGGUGUUCUGACUUUCAAAAAGACUUGCGAAUUGAUUUAAAAUUGGACCCUGACGCAGGAUUGCGUGAACGACUAAAACACGAAGACAUCAUGAAUUUAGCAGAGCUACUUGAACAGCAAAGACGUAUGGCUAUCUGGACUCUACUACACUCCCUCAUGAAUACUUCAGUUCUAUCAGCUGCUCUUGAUAAUUUUGAUCAAUUGGGUUUGGGUGAUUUAAGUUUUCAAAACUUUUGUCAGCUAGCUUAUGAAGCGUUGGUGUCGCAACGUAAUCUUCUUCAAGCUCUCAACGAGAAACCGAAGCAAGUACCGCAUGGAUUUUGUUUGCGACACGGAUUUACGGAAACAUACGCAAUUGAUAGUUUCUGUAUACACUGCGCCGUUGAGUACGAAGUGUUUUCAGAUCUGAAACAAGCAUCCGGCACCAAUUCGAAAAGCAUUCAGCCGAUUCAACGAGACAGUGACACGAAUGCUGGAGCUGUGCAAGACUCGAGAAGGGUCAGUGAUGAGUGCAUAUUACUAGGCAAAUGUACAGGAAGAGACUUGAAUAUGAUAGAAACGCGAGCUCGAAAGUCUGCAAUCACCAGACGCGCAUCAGCACCAGAAAUUAAGAUUCGUCAAAGCGUGUUUGGCUCUGUUACCGGUGAGACUAUUAAGUCCGAAACGAAUUCGAAUUCUCGGAGACAGCGAAAAGAUGCUGUUGCUUCGACGUCCCAAUCGAUAGAUGACGGGGCGGAAUCAAUAAAUCAGCACUGCACAACAGAAGGAACGCAGUUGAGUAGCCGAAAGCAAGAUAAAGAGUGUAAGACAUUGGACGGUACGACCGUAAAGGAGCAAUUGCUAGAAGGCACUAUGGACUCACAUUCUGCCAGACAUGCGCUGAAAUCAACUAGAAAGUUGAAAGAAUCAUCUCGUAUGAUGUGCGAAGUCAAGAAGCAGGUGAAAAGGAAGAGUCUAACAAAAGGUUCGUAUCGAGUUCGAGUCAAACAUUCACGUCCGACAUCAAAGUCACUCUCAAAACUGCUACGUACGGAAUUUUGUGAGCGUACCCAAAUAACAAGUGCUAAUCAUGCCAUCAUCGAAAAAACUAUUCAAAUCGAGCAGCGACGAAAAGAGCUUGAUCGACUGGUCCUUGAUGAAAUCCAACAAGUGAAGAAACGACUGACUAAACUUCAAGACAUGACAUUGCAAAUAGAUUGA